UCUCUUUGUCUUUCGUCACUUCGCACGCAAAUCAAAAGCCAGACUUUAAAACCACUUGCCACCGUAUGAGAAGCAUUUCUCUGACGGUCGAUCCUCCGCUCGCCACGCCGCCGCCACGUCAGCAGUCUCCUCCAUCAAAAUAGAUUCCUUUUCACCAAUCCCAUCAUCAACCAAUUUUCGAAGAUUCGAAUCCAAUUCUUCUCCUCCUUCUGAGAAAAUCUCAUAUUUUUGCGAAUUUACGAAACUUUUUGGUUUUGAAUCGGGGACUAAGCAACGAUUCGAAGGUUGUUCCGACUGAAACGGUGCCGUUUUAAUUCGCUGCAAAUGCUUGCCUGAGAAACACCUUUUGUUCUUUUAUGUAAAUACAAGUGUAGAGUCGAGAAUUUGAGUAGAGAUGGUGGGGGCAACUUUGUUUCACCGUAGAAAGCAUUCAUGGCCGGCUGAGGAAUUCAUCAGCAGAAGUACUCUGCAAUUACUUGAUUUUGAUUGUGCUGCUCCGCCACCACACGCAUGGAGGAGGAGAUUAAAUUGUCAUGCCAAUAUCCUUAAAGAAUUCACUAUUACUUUUAGGGAAGCCAUUAAAAUGGUACGCUUGGGGAUACGAUUAUGGUCAUAUGUCAGAGAAGAGGCUUCCCAUGGAAGGAAAGCACCUAUCGAUCCCUUCACCAAAGAGAACUGCAAACCAUCUGCAUCCCAAGGUGUUCCACUCGGAGGAAUGGGAAGUGGAAGCAUAUCUAGAGGCUUCAGGGGUGAGUUUAAGCAGUGGCAAAUCACUCCCGGAACUUGUGAUCCAUCACCUAUGAUGUCAAAUCAGUUUUCUAUUUUUAUUUCUCGAGAUGGUGGACACAAAAAGUAUGCAUCAGUUUUGUCCCCAGGGCAGCAUGGAAGUUUAGGAAAAUCACGUGAUAAAGGUCUUUCUUCAUGGGGCUGGAAUCUGAAUGGCCAGCAUUCAACUUAUCAUGCUCUUUUUCCUCGGGCUUGGACUAUAUAUGAUGGUGAGCCUGAUCCAGAGUUAAAGAUUUCCUGCCGGCAAAUAUCUCCCUUUAUACCAAACAAUUAUCGAGAUAGUAGUCUUCCAGCAGCUGUUUUUGUAUAUACGUUGGUGAACACUGGAAAGGAAAGGGCAAAAGUCAGCCUCCUAUUCACAUGGGCGAAUUCAAUGGGUGGGACUUCACAUAUGUCAGGGGGUCAUGUGAAUGAGCCAUUCAUAGGCGAAGAUGGGGUCUCUGGUGUCCUCUUACAUCACAAGACAGGCAAGGGAAAUCCUCCUGUUACAUUUGCGAUUGCUGCUUCUGAGACUCAGAAUGUUAAUGUAACUGUUUUACCAUGCUUUGGAUUGUCUGAAGAUAGUUCUUUUACAGCGAAAGAUAUGUGGGAUACAGUGGAAAAGGAUGGGAAAUUUGAUCAAGAAAACUUCAAUAGCGGGCCAAGCACGCCUUCAUUAGCUGGAGACACUAUUUGUGCAGCAGUCUCAGCUUCGGCAUGGGUAGAAGCUCAUGGCAAGUGCACUGUGUCUUUUGCUCUUUCGUGGUCAUCACCAAAAGUGAAAUUUUCAAAGGGAAGCACAUAUGACAGGAGAUACACUAAAUUUUAUGGAACUUCGCCAAGAGCAGCGCUGGACCUUGUGCAUGAUGCACUGACAAAUUAUAAGAGGUGGGAGGAAGAUAUUGAGGCAUGGCAAAAUCCCAUUCUCAGAGAUGAAAGGCUCCCUGAGUGGUACAAGUUCACUCUGUUCAAUGAGCUUUACUUUUUGGUAGCCGGUGGUACAGUUUGGAUAGACUCUUCUUCACUCAAUGCCAAUGGGAAUAGUCAGCAUCAACAAUCGGGUUUAGGAAAUUCAGAUGGUAUGGCGGGUGGACUUGACAUCAAUGAUCAACGGAAUGACCUUGCUAAUGGAAACAGCGUUGGAGUAAAAAGCAAUGAUGAAGUAUCAGCUAUUCAUAACCGGAAUGGUUUAUUUGUCGACACUCGCCAUGUAGAUGAUGGCGAUGAUGUUGGUCGGUUUCUGUAUUUGGAAGGUGUGGAGUAUGUGAUGUGGUGCACAUAUGACGUGCACUUUUACGCAUCAUAUGCGCUCCUUAUGCUAUUCCCAAAGAUCGAACUAAACAUCCAGCGGGAUUUUGCAAAAGCUGUGUUGUCUGAAGAUGGGAGGAAGGUUAAGUUCCUGGCAGAAGGAAAUGUCGGAAUUCGUAAGGUCAGAGGUGCUGUUCCUCACGAUCUGGGAAUGCAUGAUCCAUGGAACGAAAUGAAUGCCUACAACAUACAUGACACAAGCAAGUGGAAGGAUCUUAACCCAAAGUUUGUACUUCAGGUGUAUAGAGAUUUUGCAGCUACAGGGGAUUACCAAUUUGGAAUAGACGUUUGGCCUGCAGUACGUGCUGCUAUGGAGUACAUGGAACAGUUUGAUAGAGACAAUGACGAUCUAAUAGAGAAUGAUGGUUUCCCAGAUCAGACAUAUGAUACAUGGACUGUUCAUGGUGUGAGUGCCUACUGCGGUUGCCUUUGGCUGGCUGCUCUUCAAGCUGCAGCAGCAAUGGCUCUACAAAUCGGUGACAAAUUCUUUGCAGAAUUGUGUAAAAAUAAGUUUUUGAAUGCAAAGGCAGCACUGGAAACGAAACUCUGGAACGGAUCAUACUUCAAUUACGACAGUGGGGCAAGCAGCAACAGCAAAUCUAUACAGACUGAUCAGCUGGCGGGUCAAUGGUAUGCCGCAUCUUCAGGUCUGCCUCCAAUAUUCGAGGAAUCUAAAAUCAGAAGCACUAUGCAAAAGAUCUUUGAUUUCAAUGUGAUGAAGACCAAAGGAGGCAAAAUGGGUGCAGUUAAUGGGAUGCAUCCUGAUGGGAAAGUGGAUGACACAUGCAUGCAGUCGCGUGAGAUAUGGACAGGUGUUACUUAUGCAGCUGCGGCUACAAUGAUCCUCUCUGGAAUGGAAGAACAAGGAUUCACCACUGCUGAGGGAAUUUUCACAGCUGGCUGGUCAGAAGAAGGUUUCGGAUAUUGGUUCCAGACACCGGAAGGUUGGACAAUGGAUGGGCAUUACAGGUCAUUAAUAUACAUGAGACCGCUUGCGAUAUGGGGAAUGCAAUGGGCAUUAUCGCUGCCAAAGGCAAUUCUGGACGCUCCUCAGAUCAACAUGAUGGACAGAGUACACUUAUCCCCAAGAAGCCGAAGAUUCUCUAGCAACUUCAAAGUUGUGAAACACAAGGCUAAGUGUUUUGGCAAUUCAGCAUUAAGCUGUUCUUGCUAAAUCAUUCCGUCUUAUUAUAUAUAACAUACAAAUAACAUUCACAUCUCUGAUAUGAUUAUCGGAGUAACUUAUAUAAAAAAAAAAAAAAAAAAGUAAAAAAUGUUAUUUAAGGAGAGGAAUUAGCCGACAUGAAGCUGAAGGAGGUUCCUGAGUUGUAAUAUUAAUAGAGUUGUAUUAAUAAUAAUAAUAAUAACCUGAGAAGAACAAUUUGUGUUCUUCUUUUCUUCUGUUGGUUUAUAUUUAUUGGCUUAAAGAAAAGCCACGUAAGAGCAAAUAAAAUGACAACACCUACGUACGCUUUAUAGCGUUCAAUGUAGACCUCAA